AGCUAGUCCCUUAUUUACUUUCCACUUUUCAUUCUUGCUAACGUUACUAGUGCGUUGUUUCAGGAACAGAGCUUGGAAGCUGGUAUCAAAAACAUGGCAUUAAUUGUUGAAGGACUGGUCGGCUCGUCGGAUUGUGGAGCACGAGCUGGAAAGCCGAUUCUCGUGGAACCAGCAGCGCAUCAAGAUCAAGUAAAGAGGUAGGGACCUUUGUCAAUUCAAAUGACCGAGCAUGGACCACAUGCCAGAGCUUUCUACCAUGUCAUUCCAGGAGCUAAUGGCUAUAAGAUACUCCUGAAAGUUCCUACCGUCUUGGCACAACGUCAAUCCUCCUCGAACUUUGAAUCCAGCAUCAUGAGCGAGGAAACCCGUCCUUUGAUCAGUGGCAAGCGAGAACGUUACGAAGAUGAGGAGCUCGUACUCACGCCUUUCACUGCUUUUGCUAGAAAGGUUGGUGCCGAGUUCAUUGGAACGUUCAUUCUCAUCUUCACCGCCGCGGCAACUCCUAUAGUGAACAAGCAGCUCGGUGGUCUUUCGGUCUUUGCACUGUCUGCUACUCCCGCCCUGGCCGUGACGACCAUCAUCUUCUCAACCGGCCAUAUUUGUGGAGCGCAUCUAAAUCCAUCCGUCACUAUAAGUUUCGCUGCUCUCGGACAGUUUCCUUGGAUCCAGGUUCCCGUCUAUAUUUUCGCGCAGCUCCUGGCAUCUGUUCUGGCCUCUUUCAUUCUCAAAGGGGUCUACUAUCCAGAUAUCGCCGCAGGAGUGACGGUUCCCAUUGGAUCGGACCUCCAAGCUUUCGUCCUGGAGCUCGUGAUAUCCUUCAUCCUCAUGUUUGUCAACACAGCUCUCGCCACCGAUAGAUCUGCGGUUGGAGACAUGGCAGCCGUCGCAGUGGGCGCUACAGUGUUUGUCAACAACUUGGCCGCAAGCCAAGCGACUGGAGCAUCGAUGAAUCCAGCCAGAACUAUCGGCCCUGCCAUCGCCGCCAAUUGCUACAAGAGCCUCUGGGUCUACAUAGUGGCACCGACGCUUGGUUGUCUUCUCGGUGCCGCCGGCUACACGAUCGUGAGAACCACCGGCGCGAGCAAGCCCAAGAAAUGGGGAAGAAACGAGCUGCUCCAGUGAGUGAGUGAAUAUUCCGGGUUUGAAUAAGAAUAUCCUACCUCAAGU